GCCUCCCCUGGCAUGCAUAGUGGGGCAAGAAGAGAACCUCGGGGAACGAACGUUGAUCAUCGUUGGCAUUAAACGUCAUGUCAUAAACCACGAUCCUGUCUUUUUGUGCUGACCAUCGCACUGACCUCUCCACUUCACAUUUGAGUCCAUUCACUUUUGUCAUACGCUCCCUACACUCCCCACCAUGGUCGAAUUCAAGCCUCAAAUCCCUGCCAAGCGCGAGUUCCUCGGAGGCGACCUCCUCGCCCAAGCCUUGCGACAUCUUGGUGUCGAAGUGGCCUUUGGCGUGCAUGGUGGACAUCUCGAUGCGUUUCUCGUCGGCGCGGAGGAGUGCGGUAUCAAACUCGUAGAUACUCGGCAUGAGACGACGGCUGUGCAGGCCGCGGAAGGCUAUGCUAAAGUGUCGGGCAAGGUUGGGGUCUGUUUUGUUACUGCAAAUAGCGGUUUCGCCAAUGGCCUAGCCGGCCUCGCCACCGCCUACGCUGACCGCAGUCCCAUCUUUGUUGUUACAAGCAGCCCUCCCUUGCAAGAUGCGGAAACCAACGCCUUGCAAGGCUUCCACGACCAAGUUGUCGUGUCGAAGCCGCUCACCAAAUUCUCUCACCGCGUCACCAAUGUCGAGGAGAUUCCACGGAUCGUUGCCUACGGGAUGAGGUCUGCGAAUUCGGGCAUCAAAGGGCCGGUCUUGAUCGACUUUCCUAUCGAUGUGUUGUUCACGCCACCCCAGAUGCAUCGCAUAGCAUUCGGCGCCAUCACUGCUCCUCCGGCGUACAACGCCGCACCCGACCCCGCCGCCGUCGACAACGUGAUCGGGCAAUGGAACAAGGCCAAGCGGCCAGUCAUCAUUACUGGCACCGGCGCGCGAGGGACCGACGCGGCACUCGUCAAGCUCGCAGAGGCAACCCACUCGCCGGUGUUCUACUCCAACAAAUUCAGCUCCCCGAUUCCCGCGAACCACGAACUGCGCGGCGGUAUGGCAACCCGACUGGCUGCGUUCGCCGGAGGUCCGCAGCCGGAUUUUGUGCUGCUCCUGGGUGCUCGCACGGGCUUUCUGCUCGGCGGCCGUGGCGGCGCCAUCAUCCCCAAUAAAGACUGCGUCCUCGCGCAGGUGGAUCUCGACGGGUCGGAGAUAGGAAAGAGCCAUGCCGUUGAAAUCGGCAUUGUUUCAGAUGUGGGGCUCUUCGCGGAAGCGCUUCUGGAGAAGAAGUCAAAGAUCUCGGUCAAGAGAAACGACGAGUGGAUCCGAGAUUGCAGAGAUCACAAAUCGACGUUGUCAAACUACAUCAAGGGUGGUGAAGUCAUGCCGGACGGCCUGCUUCACCCUUACCUGGCCAUGAAUGCAUUCAUGCGAGCCCUGCCCAAAGAUUCGAUCAUCAUGAUCGAUGGUGGUGAGGCCGGGCAAUGGGCCGCCAUGACAGUGGAGGCUGCGGAGCCGAAGGUGGCCAUCGUGUCGACGGGCUACCUGGGCCAUCUGGGCAAUGGAUGGGGAUACAGUCUCGGUGCGGCAGUGGCGGAUCCAAGUAGGCUGGUGGUCAACGUCCAUGGUGAUGGCUCCGCCGGCUUCCACAUCCAAGAGCUCGAUACGUUCGCGCGGUUCGGACUCAAUAUCUUGACACUGGUGGCCAACAAUUAUGUCUGGGGCAUGUCGUUGAACGGGCAAGAGCUCAUCUACCAAGGGAAGAGCCAGGCUCGACCGGCAAUCCGGCUGUCCAAGAGUUGCAAGUACGAGGUUGUGGCACAGGGCUUCAACAACGACGGGGCGUUUGUGGACAAGUUUGAGGAUAUCAAGCCCACGACGGAGAGGAUGUCGAGGAGUGGCAAGCCGGGGCUGAUCAACAUGAUUGUGAGCCCGCAACCAACGACCCCUGCGACGCUGAGCAUGGUUGGCAUGACGGAGGAUAAGAAUGUGAUUGUGGUGCCAUACUAUGACAACGUGCCUCGUCCAUACUACAAGGAUGGUGCGGCGACGGCAGACGGAAGCAAGUAGGGCAAUCAGUCGAGCGGGAAAUAUCUGUAGAAGAGUCGAUCUCAUCCAGUUUGUCAACUGGUGUCCUCUUUCCACGUAGGAUGCGGCGUGGCAUGCUGGAUGAAUUGCCGAUGGCGAGGACAAUAGGCGGAAGGAUUGGCGAAUGAAAUAUCGAUGCCUGGA